AUGGCGUGGUCGGCGAGGCGCUGCUUCUCUCUGCUCCUGCUUUGGAGCAUCGCCGGAUCUUUAGCCACGGCGGCGCCGGUGCGGGUCGGCGUGGUGCUGGAUCUGACGAGCGACGCUGGCAGGGAGAGGCUCACCUGCAUCUCGGUGGCCCUGGAUGGGUUCUACCUGAAGCAUCCGAGCUGCACCAAGCGGGUGGAGCUACGCGUGAGGGACUCGGGCGGAGAUGCCGCCACAGCGGCGCAAGCUGCCGAUGAUCUUAUCAAUAAUGCCCGAGUGCAAGCCAUCAUCUGGGGUCCUCACACAUCGACAGAAUCAGAUUUCCUCUCCUACCUGGGCCGCCGCUACGGCAUUCCGAUUCUCUCCUUCUCCGACAUUUCCCCAACAUCCUGUGCCUUCUGGCUAGAAGAUCCGGCCACCGCUUCCAGGUGUCACAGCAAGAUCGGCUUUACGCUUGAAAAUGAUACUAUAACAUUUCGCAGUCCAAAAACUGGUAGGCAAAAUGGCAGGAAAUUACAGACAGGAAAAACAAGGAUGAACUGCAGAGGCCAUAAUAAGACGAUGCUCAGGAUUGCCGUGCCGCAGAAAGAAGGUUUUGAAGAUUUUGUGCAUGUCGCUGAUCCUAAUACCAGUUACCAAAAGGUCACUGGCUACAGCGUUGAUAUCUUUGAAGCCGCUAUGAGGCAGCUACGUCCUCCACCAAGCUAUGAAUUUUAUGUCUUCCAUGGUUCCUACGAUGAACUAGUAGGCAACGUCUCUUCAGGGAUGUAUGAUGCAGCAGUUGGUGAUGUUAGCAUAACUCCAGAUCGAGCUGCUCACACGGAUUUUACAAUGCCAUACACACAGUCUGGAGUGUUUAUGCUUGUCCUGGCUGAGGACGAGCCAGAAACAGUUGAGUGGAAAUUUGUGAAGCCACUAAGUUCGGCACUUUGGUUUACAACUGUGAGCUUCUUCUUCUAUACUGGUUUUGUUGUGUGGAUGAUUGAGCGUUCCAGAAAUCAAGAGUACCAAGGAUCAAAUUUGAGACAGUUCAGCACUGCUUCUUACUUUGCUUUCUCCACUUUGACAUUUUCACAUGCUCACACUAUUAGAAGCCCCUUAUCAAAAAUUGUUGUAGUGGUAUGGUGCUUUGUUGUUCUGAUUGUAGUACAGAGCUACACAGCAAGCUUGUCGGCCAUACUAACAGCAAAGAGCCGUCGGCCUUCGGUGACAGAUCUGAACCAGCUUCAGCUCAGGGAUGGCUUUGUUGGACACCAGGAGGGAUCAUUUCUGCGCUCCACCUUGAUAAAAGAUUAUCAUUUCAGAGAAAAUAGGCUACGGAGCUUUAUCAAGAAAGAGGACUAUGCUGAUGCCUUGAGAAAUGGAUCGGUAUCUGCCAUUGUUGAUGAGCUUCCUUUUUUGACAUCAUUCCUCUCUGAUCCUCAAAAUAAGGAAGACUUUAGGGUGGUUAAUCUAAUAUACAGGACUCCAGGAUUUGGUUUUGCAUUCUGUCUGGGUUCGCCGCUGGUGCAUGAUCUUUCUACUGCCAUCUUGAACAUAACUGGAGGUGAGGAGGGUUCGAGGAUUCAGACAAAAUGGCUAGGCACAGAAUCGUCGGCGGCGGAUAACGGCAGCUCCGAACCCGAUUCCACACAAAUCAGUCUGCAAAGUGUCGCUGGUGCGUUCAUCAUCACCGGAGUUAUUUCAACUCUCAUGCUGCUCGUAAGCAUUGGGAGGAUGGUUCAUGCCAGCCGCACCAGCGGGAGAAUAGCCGAUGUGGAAAGUGUCAAUUGUCAUGAUGGUGGCGGCGUCGGUCAAGGUUCCCUUCACCUGGUGAGUGGCAGCAUUAGUCACAGUUCUGCUGCCUCUGAUCAACCCCUCUGUGAAGCCGUGAAUGGUGAGUCCCAUGGGCGUUUUGAGAAUGCUGGCGGCCAAGAGGCUUGUCCAAUGCAGCAGAAUGGCUUGCACAGCGGAUCUGCAACUGCAGAAUCCAUCCAGAUUGAGAUGAGAACUGUCUGA